AAUACCUUUUUCCUAAGCUUGAAGAUUUUUACUUUUUAAAAUUUGUUAUUUUACAAGAGGGAUGAAGCUGCUUCUUUAUACUAAUGAAUGCAUGCACAAGAAACUGUGAUGAAUUUUAUGUUAUUUUGUUUCGUAACUUUUAUGGCAACAGUACAAUGUAGAAAUGAUCCCAAAAACGAUCCAAGAAAUAGUGGCGAUCUAUCUCUCUGGAUUGACGAAAAACAGGUGAAAAUGUUCAGUGGAAUGUCAAUGGAGAUAUAUGCCAUUGCUAAUGGAACUGUACUCCCCUAUAUACUUGACCCAAACUUUGAGAACCGUUUACCAGUUAUUCCUUCUGAAGUCAGCUAUGUAAAUUUUACAUGGAAAGCUGGAAAUAAAAAGUAUAACUAUAACUUUGAUAGAUUACAAUCUUAUGACGAAAGUGUCUUAAAAGCACCUAAAAUAUCAAUUAAAACUAAAGGUAGAGUGCCAAAAAGAGCAAAAGAAUUUAGCGUUUUCCUACCUUGCAUUGGAAAUAACUCUGGCACGGCUAAAUUUGGAAUUGGUUUAAUGAUAGAGUCCAGAAAAGGGAAGCCUUUGAAUGGAACUCCUUUACGAUUAAAUCUCAUAAAGGAAUGCUCUUUUUCACAGAGGCAUCCAGAUCCUGAGUGUGAUAAGAAAUGUGCUAAUCAGGGCUGGUGCAAUCAUGACAAAAUAUGCCAGUGUCCUGAAGGCUAUAUGGGUCAAUACUGUAAAACUGCGCUAUGUUAUCCACAAUGCAUGAACGGUGGUAACUGUACAUCUCCAGGCGUUUGCAGUUGUCCAUCUGGUUUUCAGGGGGCGCAUUGCGAAGGAGGUAUUUGCAGUGAAAAGUGCCUAAACGGUGGCAAAUGCGUCCAAAAGGACACUUGUGAAUGCUCCAAGGGUUACUACGGGCCUCGUUGUGAAUUUUCACGUUGUAUCAUCCCUUGUUUGAAUGGGGGAAGGUGCAAGGGGGUGAAUAAAUGCAAAUGCCCGCGGGGUUUUAGAGGCGACCAUUGCGAAAUAGGACGAGCCAAACCCGCCAGGGCCGCUUGCAGUGUCACUUGCAGACACGGCUCAUGUGAUACUGAGGGGAACGAGGGAAAGCACAGAUGCAUUUGUGAUCCAGGUUUUCAUGGACAAUAUUGCCAACAUGAGAAUACUUUAUAGUUAAGUGUGUUGAAUAUUGUUGCCAUUUUUUGUAUAUGACGAAUACAAUAAAUAUUAUUUUACUCU